AAUUAUAAGCGAAUGAUAAGGAUCACUAUAAAAACACCUGCGAAACAGCUGAAUGGGAAGCGCCUUGCAAGAAAUCGUGAUAAAGCAGAAUACAAAAGAAAAUUGUGCACAACCGUAGUUGUAAUUUUUUUGGAGAAGUUCAUGGGUGAAGUAAUGAAUUUAUAAGAACGCAAUUAAUGGAAAAGAGUCUCUUUCUUUAAUCAAAUAAAUAAAUAAACACGUAAUUUGGUUUAAGUUUUAGGAAAACUACAACUAUAAUCAUCAAAAUGCCACUCAAGGAACGCAAUAUCGCCAUGAUGGGCUACAGCUCUGUUGGCAAAUCAUCACUAUGUAUACAAUUUGUUGAGGGUCAGUUUGUGGACUCGUACGAUCCAACAAUUGAAAAUACAUUUACAAAAGUUGCGCGCGUCAAUUCGCAGGACUACGACGUAAAAGUGGUCGACACAGCUGGUCAGGAUGAGUACAGUAUAUUCCCUGUGCAAUAUAGCAUGGACUUUCACGGCUAUGUGCUUGUCUAUUCCAUAACCAGCCAAAAGUCGUUUGAAGUCAUUAAAAUCAUCUACGAAAAGUUAUUGGAUGUAAUGGGGAAAAAAUAUGUACCUGUUGUAUUAGUUGGCAACAAAACCGAUUUACACCAGGAGCGCACAGUGACAACGGAAGAGGGACGAAAACUGGCUGAAUCUUGGCGGGCAAUAUUUUUGGAAACGUCAGCUAAGCAGAAUGAGUCUGUUGCCGACAUCUUUCAUCGGUUAUUAGUAUCAAUUGAGAACGAGAAUGGCAAUCCACAGGAGAAGAGUAAUUGUAUUAUCUCGUGAGAAUCCAAUGUAGACGUAAGCUACCGGCCACAUCCACAACAACAAAAACGGUUUUUACCAAUUGAAGCAUCAACACACAAUGAAACGCCAACAACUGUUGCACAUCUAAACCUAGAGAUAUCGCAGCUGUUUUAUUCGUACGAAUUAUGGAACAAACGAUGCAUGAAACAGCUGGUGCAGUGCUUUGUAGGCGUGGUCGUGGUAAUGUUCGCUUGGAUGUGUAUGUGUGAAUUAAAUGAAUGCAUAGGUGAAAGUGUUUGUGCGAAUUUUUCUUAUAUCCCCAGAAAGUAGUUUUCAAAUUAAUCAGCCUUAUCAUGAGUUUCAUUUUCGCCCCAAAUCAUUAGUUGCGUUCCAGCAGUAGUUGCGAAUAGCAGGUUUUGCAGGAUUUUACAGGAUUUACAGGAACAGCUGUUUUCGCCAUUAAUAAACCUUAUGUAAGGUGUCAUGCGGGAACAGCUUCCUGUAAAAUCCUGUAAAUUCCUGCUAUUCGUACUGCUGCUGGAACGCAACUAUUAACUUUUCUCUUUUCGCUCAUGUGUAUUCACUACGAGUGGAUGAAACAAUUUGGAUCGAUUUCGUUUUUAGCGAAACUCAGGAUAAGGCUGAAUGUGUCAGCAAGCGCAUUGAUAAGUUUCGUUUAAUGAACAUUUAGCGUACCUUCCUAGAAUAUCACAAUUUAAAAAUUCAAAUUAUUCCUGAAAAACUAUAAUUUUUACCUUUUAUUAGCUCGGGAUGUAACUAUGUAAUAUUGGUGCGCCUAAAAGAUGCAACGAUUUCUAUUCUCAAGUUACAUACCUGAUGACAGUACGAAUGGCAAUUAUAAUAGGGAGGUUUUAGUUUUUUAAACUAUAAUUUUUUUAUUUAAGCAAAGGUUGGGCGAAAUAAUUCACUUUGAUUUGAUUUUAAAGAAUAUUUACAACUUUUUGUUGUUUUUCUUUUCAACUGUGAGCUGGUUUCCAUUAAUUCUACUGUGGAUAAAAAUUUAACUUAUCAUUGUUUUGAUAUGCUGUUUUCGCUGGAUUAUUUUUGAUUUAAGUAAUUAGUCUUUUGUAAAAAUGUGUUACGGAUGUAAACCAGUCAGCCAUUAUACAAAAGCUAUUCGGGAGUAAUUUGAUUUUAGUUACAAAGGAAGUUGAAGUUAAGCAUAGAAAUACAUAAAAAGCAUUAUAAUGAAUCUAAGAAGGACAUAAAUAAAACAAAAACAAUAAUAAA